CCGAUCCUCCAGAAGGACACCUACCAAUGCCACAAGUCGUAUUCCACGAUCAGAAGAACUACCAGGGUGCGAAGCCUAUCGGGCUUGACAAUCCUAUUCCGCAGCUCGCGGUCGGGAAAGAGGACGAGCCCCAGUGGCUCACUGAUUUCCAGCGUGAUGGUUACGUCGUCGUCAAGAGUGUAGUCGAUAGAGAGAAAGCGUUGAACUACUAUGCCAAUGCUGGCGAGGACUGGCUCGAAGGCUUCAAGAUGGGCUACAAGAGGGACGACCCCUCGACGUGGGACGCGAAGAACCUCCCUCGGUCGAACCACGGCGGCCUGUACUCGCAGUACAGCUUUGCCCAUGCCCAGUUCGUCUGGGACGCAAAGACGGAGCCCAAGAUCGUUGAGCUGUUCGAGACGCUCUGGGGGACGAAGGAGCUCACGGUCUCGUUUGAUGGGGGAAGCCUCGCCGUGCCCAUCCCGUUUGAUCAGGUGCAGGGGAACGCUAAGCCCUGGCCGCACUCGGACCAGAGCGCCUACCGCCCGCAGAGGCACUGCGUCCAAGGCUUGCUGAACCUUCUCCCUAACGGACCAGACGACGGGGGUCUCACAGUGCUCAAAGGGAGUGCGAACCUCUUCGAGCAGUACUUCAAAGAACACAUGCACCUCGAGCCUCCCGAGAAAUGGCCCAGGAGGGACGGGUUCCAAUGGACCGAAGACGAGCUCAAGUGGUUCUACGACAAGGGGUGUGAGUGGGUCAAGCCCGUUAUGGAACCGGGAGACUUUGUCCUCUGGGACAGUAGGGAGGUGCACUAUGGUGACUUUCCCAAGUUGCAGAACAAGCGGUUCGCGAUCUACAUCUGCUACAAACCCAUGUCGGCUAUGUCCCCGGAACAGCAAGAGCGCAAACUCGAGGCUUUCCGCCGUGGAUAUUGUACGACCCAUGACCCGUGCGACUUUUUGAUCAAAGGCGACCAGGAAGCGGAGUGGAACGUCAAUUUCCCGUAUGCGAAGCCGGUAAUUAACGAGCAGGGGCAGAAGGCGAUUGGAUUGAUUCCCUAUUAA